CAUUAAUUCGAAGCUUCGCCCGAUUCGAGCAGUAUAUAAGCACUACGAAGGGUGUAGUGCUCCGAGUACAAUUUCAAGAAAAGUGUGCAUUUUCAUUUCAAUUCCAGUGCUGAUAGCUGAUCGAAUCGAAGCGAAUCGGAGCUCGUAGCUGAAGAUGGCAGAGCACGAGGAACAAUCGGUUCAACCCAGAGAAUCCUUGUUAGAUAAGAUCUCUGAGAAGAUUCACAGCGGUGGCAGUUCGUCGUCCUCCGAUUCCGAAUCUGAGAAAGGGCAUGUGAAAGAUCAUGCGACUCGUUCAUCUGCAAAGGCUAAGAUUUGGCGUCUUUUCGGCCGAGAGAAGCCAGUUCACCAUGUUUUUGGUGGAGGAAAACCUGCUGAUGUGUUUUUGUGGAGGAACAAGAAGAUAUCCGCAGCAGGCCUAGGUGGAGCUACUGCUAUCUGGGUUCUGUUUGAACUGCUAGAGUACCACCUUUUAGCACUGGUCUGCCAUGUUUUGAUUGUUGCUCUUGCAGUCUCGUUCUUGUGGUCCUAUGCAUCCUCAUUCAUUAACAAGUCUCCUCCACGCAUUCCAGAACUCCACAUUCCAAAGCAACCAUUCAUUGAGGUUGCUGACGCCGUGACUGUUGGAAUCAACCACGGUUUGGGUUUACUGCGAGAUAUUGCAUCUGGAAGAGAUCUAAAGACAUUUCUUGUUGUAAUUGCUGGGUUAUGGAUCCUCUCAAUUGUUGGCAGUUGGUGCAAUUUUCUGACAUUGUUCUACAUAAUAUUUGUACUGCUGCAUACUGUCCCAGUCAUAUAUGAGAAGUAUGAAGAUGAAAUUGAUUUACUUGCUGAGAAGGCAAUGAAGGAAUUGAAGAAGCAAUAUGCUGUAUUUGAUGAGAAAGUGUUGAGUAAAAUUCCCAGAGGGCCAUCGAAGGAGAAGAAGAAAGCAUGAGCUUGUGGCUCGACAGAGAGAGGAUAUCCUGGAUGAUAAUAGUUUCGUAUGGCCUUUUUUCCAGCUUCUGAUGUACUUCUGUAAUGAUUCCAUGACUUGGUUAUGUGUUCUUUGUUAUAUGGAAGCAACUGGGAGAUUGCUGGAUUAGCCUUUAGCUAUUCUACUGGUGCAGUAACAGUGCUUAUAAAAAAAGAGUUUUGUGUUUGUUUUGCUGAAUGUGCGUAAUUUGAAUGGUUUUGUGUGGAUGAUAUUUUUUAGGCUUUGUUUAUACUGUCCUUCCUGUCCACAUUUUGAACUGAAAUUCAAUCAAAUUUAGGUGAAGACGUGAAGUUUGACUAAAUCAAAUAUAAUUAGCUGUCUGAAACGUUA